AGCUAGAAUGCAGCUGAGUAGUACUAACACAAUUACUUAUUCAGUAUCUAUACCAUUUAUCGAGGAUUUCUGAUGGCUUCUGCUUGAAUUACCACACCGAGGUCACUCAAUGCAGUCAUACCUGCAGCAUGGAACCAGGGGGUCCCCAUCUUAGAUCAAGGGUUCCCAACUGGGGGUCCAUGGGCCUCUUGCUUGAUGGUAUUGGUCCAUGGCAUAAAAAAGUUUGGGAACCCUUUCUUAGAUGCUAAAAUGGUCCUGUGCUGAUUUUGGAAGGAUUCUACCUAAUUGACUUGAUAAUGGUUGACAGUGGAUGUGGAUAAUAUCUAAUUUCUGAAGGACUCCACCAGGAGAGCAAAAUUCAAGCAUUCCUGCACACUUUACUGUCUCUGUACAGAAAUUUUGUUGGAUUAGUUCCCUGAUGUCGACAACAGCCACAAUUAAAGCAAUUUGCAUCGUAGCUCUGAUGUCAUAGAAGCAUGUGUCGGUGUGGUCUGCAAUCCCUCACUAAGGCUGUCAAAACCCUCAGUGAGCUUAGAUUGCAAACUGUGAUUGCAAACAUGAUUACAUAUAUUAGUUCCAUGGUGAACCGUUCCAGUAAAGCAAAGGCCAGUGCACUAUGCAUGUCAGUGUGCAGUUCCUGCAUGGUUUGCUCCACUGCAUGUUUGUAGGUCUGUUUUGCCUACCUCUAACAUCUUAAGCUGCCAAGCAGUUUUAUCAAGUAGAUAAUCACACCUGACUAUACUGUGACUUCUGCUGUAUGGAAGCUCAAUGUUGUCAAUUGUGAACCAGUAGAAUGCUUUUCAUAUUUUUCCUCCUGGUGCAGUUAAGUAACUGUAGUGAGGUGUGGGUGCUUAUGUUGUGCAGAUGUUGAUAAUGUUGCUGCCCUGAUUUCCAACCUCCCUCUGCUGAGGUCUGGCGGGUGCUGAAGGGUAAGGAAUUGUGGUAUUGGUUUCUGUUAGGAAUAAAGCGGUGGAACUGAACGCAGGCAAGUUGUGAUCUGAGUCUUCUGUAUUUGUUCACAUGUUGCCAAUUCAUCAUCUUGUCUUUAUAUUUUUAUGAUUCUGUUUCAUCAUAGAGUUGAAAUGUGAUGCUGUUUAUCAUAAUGAUAUCUGAACCAAUGAGCUAGUUGUUGGUACAAGUCCUAAGAUUUCAGGGAGAACAUUUCUGAUGCUUACUGCUCUUGAGCUCCCUUCAGGUGCUGGGACCUGCCUGAAUUGUUCAUGCGGCCUAGCAGUUUCCUCCUUUCUGUAGUCAUUUUGGAAACAUCACCGUGCUUUGUUUAUUUCUAGGGAUAGUAUUCAACCACUCACUAUUUCUUCCCAUGCUUGCCUGCAUGUUUCAGUGCAUAGAUGUGGCAACUACAGAUAUUUUCUAGCUAUGGCCUCAUUUGUAGACAUCUCUCCUUCUGCCUCAGUGAAAUGUGGCCUUUCCAUUGCUUCUCUACCGUUUUCUGCAGUGUUCUAAUGAUGGCAUUAGCAGACUGUAAGUCACAGGUAAUCUAAUUCAUUUCUUGUUUCUUAAAAUCAAUUAUUGCAAUAUCUUUCUAAGUGAAUGAUUUAAUUAUACAUUGGCAGAAAAUGCAAUAAGUCAUGUAUGUAAUAACCUUAGAAUGAUGCCAAUCUACUACAAUACAUACCAGUAAAUAGGCACAAGUCUCCAAUCAUCAGAACACAGUGCGGUACAAAAUGGCAGAGGUUUUUGUCACUGUUGCUCAAAACAGGGAACAUUUUUUUUGGUUCCAGAAAAAAUACCUCUUUAAAAUCUGAAAUAAUAUGUCAGAUUAUUUAAAAGGAGAACCAUCAAAACAAUGGAAAAUCCUGAAGUGACAAACAAUUAAAUAUGUUAGUGCUUACAAUAUUCUUCAAAUAGAUCAGAUACAAGAAGGAAUAAAAGUUGUGAGCGCAUGAAAACUAAAACUUUUAUCUGACGGGCAGCAAGAGGCCAAAUUAUUUGUUUCAAACACGAGACCUUUUGCUUGAAAUACAGUGUAUCAAUCGAAUGAUUGAACCUGUUACAAGCAGCAAAUUACCAACACGACAUUAUCUUAGAGAAUAUUCUAUCCCAGUUUUGCAAUCAUCAGUUGCUAUCUUGCAUCCUCGAAGAUUUUUGAAACCAUUUAGAGAAUGCUUGGUGUAGAAGAGCAAAGCAAAUGUGAACGUUGAAUGCUGAAGCUGCAUUUAGUGUAUCUCAUUUCCAAAGAUAUACCCAUCAUGUACAUCAUUGUAUAUCUCUCUGCUAUUAUUAGUUCUUAAUUUUUUACCCCAUUUUUCUCUUUUUAAUAUCUUAUUUAUAUCCUGCACCUUGACACUUGCCUGCAGUUCUUAAUGAUAUUUGCUGUCACAUCUGGAUAUACAGUUCUUCAUAAAACUUUAGUGUUUAGAAGGCAGGAUUCAGAAACCACAGCUCAAUCAAUGAUUUUAUAGGUGUAAACAGUUUAUAUCACUAUAAUAUUUUACAGAAAAUAGUGAUUGAAUUUAACACAUUGUAAUGUUUAGAAUACAUCAAAACUUUCUACAACUUUGUGUAUUAUAUGGGCCAUGUUAAAAUGCAAUCCAAUGGGUUAAAUAAUGCAGCUAAGAAUAACCAUGUUAUAACUUUUAUAUCCUACAUGAGUUGCAUUUAACUGAGUAAUAAGCUGAAACUGUGCAGUGUCAGUCUGUACACACACAGAAGCAAGGAGGUCCUAGUGAACUAUGUUGCAAAUUGUAGUAUUUUACCCUUUAAGAAAAAUACAACUUCAUUCUUAUUAACAGUUUACUCAUGUUGGGUGUCAGUGUUGGGCAAGUUACUGUUCCACCGCCUUGUGUAAUGGAUCCAUGACUGAAUAGCUCUUGCGGAUCGAGUGUGGUUUAGCGGAGGAUUAAGUGUUGAUUUGUAGUAUGUUUGACUCCUUAAAUAACUCUAGAAUGUGAUAUCUAUACCCAGGCAGAUCAUUGACUUCGGAAACCUCUUGACGAUGUACUUGCCCAUGAGAAUGCAUUUUGGAGACGUAGUAAAUGAGAAUCCUAGCAACCUGCAGUUUAUUAUCAGUGCUUAAAUUUUAUUUGAUAGGGAAGUCAAUAGAACAAAAGUACUGCAAAGUAUGAAUAAGGGAUCCAUUCACAGUAUAAUGGAAGGCAUGCAGACUGCAUAUUUUCUAAAUUGUUUGUGUUUCAACCAUUAAAAAAAAUUCAGAAGAGGGAAGCUGUAUUAUUUGUUUAUUUUAUCACGUAUCACAAGAUAGAAAAUUGCACAAGUAUACGUGGUCGCUGGUAUGAAGCAAAUCACUACCACUAGGGUAAAAAAGUACAGGUCACGUGGAGCCCUUUUAGACUGCCAAUGCAAAUAUGUACAGAGACCGAUGCGUCAUGUGCAAGUCAAGCCAAAUUAGUUAAGAGUUCAAAAUAAAGAAUAAAAUGUUCUUUAAAAAAUGUAAUCGUUGGUUAAUGUCGGGGGACACAAGUUACCAUACAGCAGCCUCUGCAGAAUAACAAACAUAAUUGAAUAAAAACAGCUUUAAGUGUAACAAGAAGCUGCUGUUGGAAGAGAACUUUCGUACCCCUACAGUACUGUGCUAAAAGAAUGAAAAGUAAAGUAACACUUUUUCCAAUGACUGUGUCAUGCAGCUUUCAGAUCAGGUUGAUAAGUUCAAAUGUGACGGGACCCUCAAGUACCGAUGAUAAAAUGUAGGGCAGGGCAGCAAGUACCAUUAAUAUCCAUGGCUCCGCAGACCCUGGAAAAGCUCUUUGACAAACUUGGCCACUUUGGAAGAUUCCAAGCGUCUGUCUAUUUCCUAGUCAAUUUCCAAACUAUAGCAUGUGGGAUCCACUAUUUGGCCUCAGUGUUCCUUGCUGUAACACCACAGUUUUUGUGCAAGUUUCCUGGAAAUAUGACCACAAUCCUCGUUUCAAAUACUACAGCUGAUCCACGAGAUCUGUGGAACUUGUGGAUUCCAGAAUCACACAGUGUUAUUGCAAAAAUGGAAAAUGGAGAGAUCUGGGAGGCACAGCAAUGUAGUCGCUUCAAAAUAAAUGGGGGCAUCGAGCUGGAGAAUUACUUUAAGGGCAACAAGUCACGAUACUCGUGCUCUGAUGGUUUCAUUUAUGAUCAGAGUCACAUUGAAAACAGCAUUGUGACUGAUUGGAACCUGGUCUGUGACAGAGCAUGGUUAGCAAAACUUACCCAGCCCAUCUUUAUGCUUGGAGUCCUUCUUGGUGCUGUUGCAUUUGGUGACAUUGCAGACAGAUUCGGUCGACGAUCAAUACUAUGGUUCACAAGUGUAGCUCAAUUUGUGUUUGGAGUUGCUGUUGCAUUCACCAAUGAUUACUACAGCUUCAUCAUUGUCCGCUUCCUCUUGGCUCUGGUUGCUAGUGGCUACCUUGUGGUAGUAUUUGUUUAUGUGACAGAAUAUACCGGAUUGAAAGCUCGUAGUUGGGCCUCCAUGCAUGUCCAUGCAUACUUUGCUGUUGGCAUUAUGGUAGUUGCCUUGGUUGGAUUUCUGGUGCGGACCUGGCGUCUCUACCAACUUAUCCUGUCAAUUGUGACCGUUCCUUUCAUUUUUUUCUGCUGGCUGUUACCCGAGACACCUUGGUGGCUUUUGGCUAAAGGGCGAGUUGAAGAUGUCCAGAAGCUGGUUGACAGAAUUGCUCACUGGAACAGAGUUAAGAUCCCCUGUCACCUCUCUGUGAUGCAGAUGAAUAGUCCUGAGGAUUCGACUGACAAGGAAGUUGCAAAUAAUCAACACAAGACCAAACAAAAGAAAAUGAGCAUCUUGGACCUUUUCCGUACCUGUGACUUGGUUAAGAGGACCAUAACUGUUUGGUUGGUGUGGUUUACAGGCAGUCUGGGCUAUUAUGUCAGCUCCUUGGGCUCUGUCAAUCUGGGUGGAAACGAAUAUCUGAACCUCUUUCUAGCAGGUGCAGUGGAAAUUCCUUCCUAUAUUGUUGCCUGUAUUGUGAUGGACAGACUGGGAAGAAGAAAUACAUUGGCACCAUCCCUCUUCCUGACUGGCAUUACCUGUAUUCUAAGCAUGGUCAUUCCUCAGGACAUCGAGGCUCUGUCUAUCACUCUCAGCAUGAUUGGAAAGUUUGCAAUCGCAGUAGCAUUUGGACUGAUUUACCUGUACACUGCUGAACUGUACCCUACUAUAAUACGAUCAUUGGCUGUUGGCAGUGGGAGCAUGAUGGCCCGAGUUGGAAGUACAGUAGCCCCUUUUUGUGUUCUCCUUUCAUCAGUAUGGAUCUUCCUACCACAGCUGAUUGUUGGAAUCAUGUCUUUUCUGACUGGUUUCUUGACCCUGUUGCUCCCGGAGACGCUUGGGAGGCCUCUGACCCAGACCUUUGAGGAGGCCGCAGAACUGCAGAGGAAACUUAAGCAAAAGAAAGAAGCUUCCAAACGUAGAGGUAGUGGUGCUGCCAUGGUAAAGAUUGAGAAAGAAGACUAUAUCACUGAUGGUGUGGAGAAGUCAAAGGAAGAACAGAAUCUAAUUGAACAUUUAACAAGGUUGUAAACCACAUCUAGUCAUCAUUAUGCCUUGAAACAAGCAGAGGUUAUAAUUCUGAUCAGUUACCAACAUCUUAAAUCUGUGAACUAACUAGGGUGUAGCAGUAGCUUAGCAACCAUACAAACAAUAAUGUGUAAAGUAGACCCUGAGGUAAUUUUUUGUAGUUUAUCCUUUCUUUAGAUAAUGGUGGUCUGGAAUUAGUCUGUGAGAAAGUAAGAGAAUAAUUUAAUAUGAAUCAAAGUGUGUGUUGAUUUACAUGAAUUGAAAUUUAUCUGCAAAAUGAAUAUUGACUGAUAACAGUCCAAUUCAUAGCCUACAGUAGGCUGCAUUUUAUAUUCCUACAACUGUCUCUUGUAGUAAAAAUCUACUCAAUGUUAUUGAUUCAAUAGAAUACUUAGAAAAUAGAGACGCAGAUCUAUUUAUGAUCUUCAAUAACAUUAUUCAGAACUACACGUUAAGAGAUGUGUUUUGGGGGAGGAAAUGCAGAUUUGCAAGUUAAGAAUUUUGUUGCAUCAGCUGCACAAAUCAUGAAAAGAGAUACUUAUUAUGUUGACCAAAUAAAAGUUUUAGGGUUAGUUCAAUUAGAUUCCAAUCUACUGUAGAGAGGUCAAUAGUUGAGUUUGACCCUCGUCUAUUAUCUAGACUCCUUUCAUCAGCUAAUAAUCGUGUGAGCAGAUUUAAGAAACAUUGCCAACUCAAAAUACACAUUCUGCAGCUAUGUCUAGAUCCUAAAAAAAUAAAUAAAACUAAACAUUUUCCCCCCAAGACUGACAAAUAUGCACCAAAACUUUAAUUGUAUAUCUUAUGGGCAAAACUUCCUUUGAUAUCUUUACUCACUAGAUUUAACCUUGGAUCAUACACCUGCUUCAAGGGAAAAGUUCUAUGCUAAUAUCAUUAUAAAUCUGCAUUUUAGCCUUUAAGCAAUUUGCUUUCAAGUUUCCCUUCCCUUCCUGUGAGAUUGUGCCUUGUUUCCACUCAGUAUCUACCUACAAAGCUGUUGAGAUUGAGAACUAAAUGAAGGAAGCUCCUUUACUCUUUAAGAACAUAUAAAGCAUUUUCCAUCACUAACCAAACUUGUAGCAAUAAUGAAAAAAACAUAUAAAAUGAUUAUUUAUAAACUAGGUUCAAAUAAUAGCACAUUAUCUGCCAAUGAAAUAUGCUAUUUAAAAAUGUUUUGGUAAUGCUUUUUUUUAAAACUUAAGUGCCCAUGGUUAACAGUGUCCUUUCUCCUGCAUUCACAUUGUCUUCUGCGGUCAGACAGGCAGGAGAGUACUGAUUAUAGAUGUGUCAAGGGUACCACAAUGUCACUGUUAGAAGAAGUACAAAGAUAAAUUAUAAUUUAGUAGCACAUAAAAAUAUUUAACCUUCAUUUGUCAAGUAGUGUGCUGGCGGAGAAAUUUGGGAGGAACGAAAGACUUGCAUUUUUAUUUGUGAUUUCCAUAACAAUAGAGAAGGGACAAGUUGUCUUUAAUUGGUCUUACAUGCUGUUUUAAGUGCAUCCCAAAGUGCUUUACAGACAGUGAAGACAGUACCUUUGAAGAAUGAGAGUCCAGUAGGACUAAAGGAUUUCACAAAAUCAAUAUCAUAAUGACAGAAUGAUCUGACUCAAGGAAAUAUUGCAGGCAUGAAUAUUUCCCUGGAUUUCACCACUUUUCUAUAAAAUUGUCAAUGAGACCUUUAAUACACAGUUGUGGUAGCAGACAGUUUACAACCUCAUCCAGAAGUUAGCAGCUUUGACAACGUACCAUUCCACUAAUCAAAAGGUUUGAAAGUUCAAGUUCAGUAAUUCAUUCAUUAUGUGCCACGUUGUAUGACAUGGGCAAUCAUGGUCUUUCCAUAAACGUGAUUUUUCUUGGCAAAUUUGUCUACUGAUGUGGUUUGCCAUUGCUGCCUUCUGGGCAGUGUCUACAAGAUGGGUGACCCCAGCCAUUAUCAAUAUUCUGAGAUUGUCCGCCUGGUGUCAGUGGUCACAUAAUCAGAACUUGUGAUACACACCAGCUGCUCCCAUAGCUUCACAUAAUGCUGAUCAGGGGGCUAAGCAGGUUCCACUCCUUCCCCAAAGAUGACCUGCAGGCUAGCAGAAGGAAGGAGCAUCUUACACCUCCUUUGGCAGAGAUGUAUCUCUACCCCACCACCCAAAAGUUUAGUAAUGUGAGUACCAAAAUCUAGAAUAUAAUGGUUUAGUACAAUACAAAGGAAGAUGCUGUCUUUCCACCUAGAACUUCAACUGAAACCCUGUCUGGAUAUGUACCAUUGUGCAUCUUGGAGCAGUUCAGGGAGGUUAUCCUAAUCUUUUUAUCUCUUAACCAAAAUAUUAUUUGAUCAUCCCUACACUUCCUUUUUUUAUUGGCAUGAGCUUGUUGUGUGUAAACUGGCUACUAUGAUUCUACAUUAUCAGCGUGAAAAAUCUGGGACAUUGUAAAAAGAAAGGCACGAAAUGCCAGCCUUCAUCUACAUGCUGAAUUUAUAUUUCUUAGUCUUAGUGGUGUAAAACCCUUGAAAUGAAAUGUGCAUUAAUUAGGUUGAUUGCAUUUUAUCAAAAGUAGACAAUAGAAUGAACCAACACUAAAAAUGGAAUACUAAUAUUCUGUCCUGUUGAAGGGUCUCGGCCUAGAACGUUGACUGUACUCUUUUCCCAGAUGCUGCCUGGCCCACUGAGUUCCUCCAGCAUUUUGUGUGUGUUGCUACUACUGCAUUUAUAGGUUUGGUCACACAGUACAGCUCAAUGGAAGACUAUCAGACCAAGAAAGAUUUGGAUUGUGUUUUCCAAUUUUGUCCCCAUGCAACAAAUAAUAAUUGGGAGCCAAAGAACUAAAACGCUUACAAACUGAGCUAAUUCUUUAUCCCAGGUCCUGAUGAAGGUUCUCAGCUUGAAAGUCAACUGUUCAUUUCUUUCCACGUGUACUGCCUGAUCUGUUGAGUUCCUCCUGUAUUUUUGUAUGUGUUGCUCAGUAUUGUACUGCUUUGAGAUAUGAUAUGGGACAGGGAAGUUGAAGUGGUUGUUGAUAAGUGAUAACUUGAUUUUUAACAGUGGAUUAUGAAGUGAGUGGAGACACUCAGUUUAUCUUGAAGCCAGAAGGCUAUUAAUUUUCUUUAAAAAAUGACUUGAUUAGCACCUAACUUGUACUGUUUGCAAGGACUGAGGCCAACAUUUUCAGCUGUUGCACCCUUAUUCUUAAGGCUCCAUGGUACCAUAUAAAUUACAAUCACAGCAGUUGGUGGGUCCAGUGAAAUAGUGGCCCAGGUUAUUUUUGUGGAGCCUAGAGAAGAGUAACAGUUCUUUUAUUUUUGAGAGAGGCUUUUCUUUUACUGCCUGUGGAACAGAUCAGAGAAGGCUCAAAGGUUCCAAGCAUGGCAAUAGUAUUCUUAAAUUCACUGAAGGAUACUGACUUGGGUAUCUGAAAGGGUCCAUUGUUUUAAAUAGAUUGGCAUUUUAACUGCCCAACAACAGGUUGCUGUAAAUAUCAGCCAGUGACCCAAUAGGGACUCCAACUGAAUCUUUUUUUACAGAGAGUGCAAGCCUUCUGUGUGCCCUUUUCAUGGUUCAUUCUUCAGCACUUAAAGCGGCAGUGUCAGUAUCCAUUGCAAAGUCCAGCAGAAAGAGGGAUGAUGCUGCAUCUCAGAGAGAUCAGUGACAUUCUCAGGUUUUCCAUAAACCUCCUGAAUACCUCUUCGUAUUUUGAGAUUUUCUUCCUCUGAUGUUUGUGAUGAAAGCAUCAUCUUGGAUGGAUGGGUGCCACCCAGUCAUUCUGUACAGUGCCAACCAACAAACCUUGUCUGAGUUUGUUUAAUUACUUGCCACUUGAAUCUUCGCUGUGAAUGAUACAAGUCUAGAUUCAGGUAAAAUGUUAAAACUUUACCUCAUAAAUGGUUUUUGUGCUUCUUAAUGCCGAUGCGUGCACCUUUGAAUGUAGUGUUCGGGAAGAUCAACUGGAAAUGGUUAAAAAUUGCUCACAGCAGAUACUGUGCAUUUUUCCAAUCCACUUAGUUCUUUGAGCCAAUUUUUUUUCCGAACAGAUUUGUUCUGUUAAUGUACUUACUUGCUAAGAUUGGAUAUUUUAUUUUAUGAUCUUUGAAAUAAACUAUCUAAUCUAGAAUUUUCAUUAUCUUGCCCGAUCAGGUCCAUUGCUUGUUCUUAACUUCCUGAAUACAUCUUUAGCCAUAAGUUGAUCAUUCUGCAAUGUACCUUUUACUCAAUUUUAUAAUUGGUGCAUUUUCAUGAUUGAUAUCAGUACCAUGUGAUGUCAGAGAAGUUCCAAUGAAGUUCCUAUUCUUCAUCCUGCUCAUCAGCUUCAGGAUUGUAGAAGCUUUGCUGUGGCUUUCAUUUAAAAAUAUUGCUCCUGCAAUGUGAAACUAACUAGCUGAUAAAAAUUGGCUUGCACUUUAGGUUCUACCCUUACAUCGGGAAUAUAUGACCUUUAUCUUAUCUUUAUAGAUAAGCGCUUUAGUGACUCCUAAUUAGUACACGUGAUGGAUGAUUGCCAUUUAGAUCAGUAGCAAAUCUUCCUACCAGUUGUAUUUUAAAUUUCAAUUUCAUUCAUAUGACUUGGACUUAUUAUUCCACUUACAUGACUUGAGUUUCCUUUCCUAAUAAUGCUUGUUUAGAAUAUAAGAGCAAGGAUGUAAUGCUGAGUUUUUAUAAGGCAUUGGUUAGACGGCAGUUGGAGUAUUGAGAGCAGUUUUUGGCUCCUUAUCUAAAAAAGGAUGUGCUGGGAUUGGAAAGAGUCCAGAGGAGGGUCACAAGAAUGAACCAGGAAUGAAAGGGUUAAUGUAUGAGGACCACUGGGCCUGUACUCACUGGAGUUUAGAAGAAUGGGGGUGGAGAGAUUUCAUUGGAACCUAUCAAAUAUUGAAAGGCCAAGAUAGAGUAGGUGUGGAGAAGAUGUUUCUUGUGUGAGUGAUAUAUAUAUAGCUAUACACCAGGCAGUUUAUUGUCUUUAUUCACUGCACCAAUCAUUUAAUUUACUGCUUGUCAGUUUUAUUAAUAAUUCAUUUGCAAAAAAUUGGAUCAGUGAAAUAUUUGGGAGGCUGUUGCACAUGGCCCAGCCUCCCAGCCCAGCGUUGUCCAGUCUGUUUCCCAAAACAGCCUUUGCAGUCAUUUUGGCAAGCUUUAAUAUAUCACCUCUUAUGUACUCCUUGGGAGUUGUCAUUUGGUAGCAUGCAACUGUGGUCAUAUCCUUUCACUGGAAGACCAACAAAUUUUUGGGAGAUCAAAAUGCAUCAUACACCAAGGUCACCAGCAGUGGUCAAAGUUUGUCUCAAUAUGAAUCACUGUAGAUCACAGUUCCUUUGCUGAUGUUCAUUGUGAGCAGUGCAAUUGCAGAACAAAGGUUGCUACACCCCUUUCCUGAUCUACUUGUCAAAUACAAAAUCCAUAAGGGCUUGCUUGUUGACUGAUCAGAAGGAAAUACUGUUUAUUCACUCUGUGCUCAAGACUGAACAAGUUGCUUCACUUCAAGCCUGUACAUUGAAAUUAUGAUUAUGAUCGAGAAUAUAUGGUUGGUCCAAAGAAUUUUGACAUUAUUAUUCAACAAAUCCUAUUGCCACGUUACCAACUUAAAUCUGAUGAAAAGCUCGUCUGGGUUUAGGAAGCUUACAGUAUUCAAAGAUAAAAGUAAUAGCAUAGAAGAAGUUUUCUGGCCUUAACUUUGCAGACCACCGAAUAGUGUCAGUGGGGUCAGCAACAGCUCCCAUUACCUGAUUGAAAGGUAUAAGUUUGAUGUGUUCAUAAUAUGAAUCUGAUUAAAAUUUUCAGGCAACUUCUAUUCUUUUCCAACCUACCUUUGUUGACAGUCUAAUAUACAGUAUAUACACGACAGAAAAAGCCCCUUUGCUUCACUGAGUCUGCAUAGACCAUUAAACACUCAUUUACACUAAUUGUAUUUUAGUUUCUUUCCAUUCCCAUCAAUAGCUUCCAGAUACAAACACUUAAUGACACAGGAGGAGCAUAAAUACAUGUGUAUGCUGCUGUAGGUCCUUAAAGUAAGUGUGCAGUGCAAUGUGUGGGAAGCAUGGAGAGCUCCAAAUGGUGUGUCUGUUUAAUUCCUCGUCUUUCUUCAACUCCACACAUGCGCACAAUGCGUAUGCGAUUAAAUAACUUUGUGUACUGAUAUCUCAUAUAUAUCUAAAAGAUUACAUUAAGCACAGCCCUCCCUCCAAAAUCUUGAAUCAAUUGUAAAGAGCUCCCAUGUUUGGCAAGGAAAGAAAGAGAACUGGGAUUCAGAAUGGCACCUGACCCCCUUUGCUGGUUUAACAUGUCAAACUCUGCCAUUCCAUUGUCUAAAGAUUAGAAUCCACCCCACUGUUAUUGACCCUUACAGAUACAGAUUGUGUUCUUAUUUUAAGGAUUAUAGCAAUAAAGCGAAGCACAGUGUUUCUUCGACCAUCUGGUCUACUGCAAAAAUCCUUCAGAAGUGUGUUACUUUUGCCAAAGCUUUUCAUGCAUUUAGCACAUUCAGAUUCAGGUGCAUGGAUUCAGAGGACAUGAGGAUCUUGGCCAGUGCCAGAUUUACAGAUAGCGUCUUGUUAGAAAUUUAAUGGUGCUUGAAAACUAAGCCUGGACAUUUCUGGUACAACUUGCCUAUUUAACAAACAUUUUAUGGUUGGAUGAGGGGCAAGAAAAACCUAUUUGAGAUUCAGUUAUUGAAAACCAAUAAGUAUAGUUGUAAUUUGUCUGGUUCAAAGCAGCUGAAAAAUCACAAUCUUUUUUUUUAAAAAAGGUACAAGAACAAAUUGAGCCAUUUUUAUACCAAGUAUAUACUUACUUGGUCUAAAGCAAACACUAUUUUGAAAGAUACACUGUUCAGGGUUUUAAUGUCAGAAGGCAUUUGCAAAUUGGUACUUUGAGGAUUGUUUUUCUUUAGAAUUGCUGCUUUAAGAACUAGUCCUGGAAAAGUUAUGUAAAAUUUCCCAGCUCAGUAUUUCUGUGCUAAGCUCAGACAUCUUAUGCCAUAAGUAUUAUAAGACCAUAAGGCAUGGGAUCAGACCUGGAUGAUACCCAAGUGAAAUCAGAGUUUCUCCAAGUUAUAGCUUUCCCUCCGUGAUUGAGGCUGUUUCUAGCUUAGUGCACAAAGAAAAUCAGUUUUCUGUUAAUUUCUCAGAUACAAUAACAAAUUACCCAAGUAAAAUACAACUUUUAAAGGGUUCUCUAAUAAACUGCAAGUUUAAAAUUCACAUUUUUGCCUGAUGCCAUGCUGAUCACCUUGUAGAAUUUAAUGUAAUUAAUCAGCAAUUGUACCUUGUCCCCAGCACAGCCAAAAACUUAAAUCAGAAGAAAAUAUACAUUGGGCAGUGUAAGCUUGGAGCAUCAAACAUAUAAAUGUUCAAAAUUUUUCAGUUAAGUGGCACUGGCCAUAAUUCUACAGACCCCUGAGUAGCAUCAGGGGAGUUUCAAAUAGCGCCUCAGUACAUCUAUAAUCUAAAAUUAUAUUAGAUGUGUUCAUAAUAUGAACCCAACUAAAAACUUUGGCAGGUCAAAUUAUAAUUAGAUCUAUGCUAUAAAUGUUUAGACAAGUUAUUUGUACUGUUUGAAAUUAAAUUGUAUUUGUGAUUAGAAAAUCUGUAUGAAAGUCCCUGUAUAAAAAUGUGUAUUGCUUAUACUGUACCUGAAAAAUGUAUUGGACCACAAAAUCUAACUAUGAAUGUAACCCAUUUCUUCUGUAUAUACAGUACUAAGUUCAGUAGUUUUAGGCUAUUAUAUUUUGAUGAUUUAUGUGUUGCAUUGUAGUUUCAUUUCAGUUGAACAUUGAUGGAUAAACUUAAUUAAGCUGGAAAACUAAACAUGUUUUGUAUUAGAGUCGUAUAAUUUCAUUGAUGUGAAAAUUGGCCCAUAGUUCUCAAUGGUGUCAUAUAGUUUGCUGCUAUUUGUCCAUCCAAGCAAUCUUAAAAAAUAUAUAAAACUAAACAAUUGCUGUCAUAUUUUAGAAAUGUUAGUAAAAUAAAUUUCCUGACUGCUGUGAGUAAGCUCUUCUGCUUUAAGCAAAAAGAGAACUCUAUCCAGUUUUUAAAAAAUGGUUAACAUGGAAUUCUCUGGGAGCAGAUCACCUGCUGCUUGCCAUAAGGAGGAUCUUAGAAACACAGGAACAUAGAAAAUAGGUGCAGGAGUAGGCCAUUCGGCCCUUCGAGCCUGCACCGCCAUUUAUUAUGAUCAUGGCUGAUCAUCCAACUCAGAACCCCGCCCCAGCCUUCCCUCCAUACCCCCUGACCCCCGUAGCCACAAGGGCCAUAUCUAACUCCCUCUUAAAUAUAGCCAAUGAACUGGCCUCAACUGUUUCCUGUGGCAGAGAAUUCCACAGAUUCACCACUCUCUGUGUGAAGAAGUUUUUCCUAAUCUCGGUCCUAAAAGGCUUCUCCUCUAUCCACAAACUGUGGCCCCUCGUUCUGGACUUCCCCAACAUCGGGAAUAAUCUUCCUGCAUCUAGCCUGUCCAAUCCCUUUAGGAUCUUAUACGUUUCAAUCAGAUCCCCCCUCAAUCUUCUAAAUUCCAAUGAGUACAAGCCCAGUUCAUCCAGUCUUUCUUCAUAUGAAAGUCCUUCCAUCCCAGGAAUCAAUCUGGUGAACCUUCUUUGUACUCCCUCUAUGGCAAGGAUGUCUUUCCUCAGAUUAGGGGACCAAAACUGCACACAAUACUGGGAUGAUGUGGUCUCACCAAGGCCUUGUACAACUGCAGUAGUACCUCCCUGCUCCUGUACUCGAAUCCUCUUGCUAUAAAUGCCAGCAUACCAUUCGCCUUUUUCACUGCCUGCUGUACCUGCAUGCCCACUUUCAAUGACUGGUGUAUAAUGACACCCAGGUCUCGUUGCACCUCCCCUUUUCCUAAUUGGCCACCAUUCGGAUAAUAAUCUGUUUUCCUAUUUUUGCCACCAAAGUGGAUAACUUCACAUUUAUCCACAUUAAAUUGCAUCUGUCAUGAAUUUGCCCACUCACCCAACCUAUCCAAGUCACCCUGCAUCCUCUUAGCAUCCUCCUCACAGCUAACACUGCCACCCAGCUUCGUGUCAUCCGCAAACUUGGAGUUGCUGCAUUUAAUUCCCUCAUCCAAGUCAUUAAUAUAUAUUGUAAACAACUGGGGUCCCAGCACUGAGCCUUGUGGUACCCCACUAGUCACCGCCUGCCAUUCUGGCUCCGACAUAGAAGUAAUGAUGCUGAUUUGAUCAACAAGUCUUAUGGUUUCCUAUCACAUUUUUCCAUCUCCCUUUAUUAUUAGUUUUUAAUACAAGUUUCAUAUCAUUCCUUGUUAUUGGUCCAGCAGGCAGGCAAUUCCUUCACUUUUAUUGUCGCUGACAGAUACAACAUGCUGGGACCAUUUACAAUUCUUCCUUUAUACAAUGAGACCAAUUUUCAUGUUAUGCUGGUGUAUCAUCAUAUCGUGUGUCUAACUAUACCCUUUUUAAAAGCAAGGUAGAGUUCUCUUUAAGAAUAAAAAUUGAUACUAAUUUUUCAAUUUGAAAGGCUAUUCACUCACUUAAGUUCUUAUUCCAAGUUCCUAAUCAACAAUAAAAGUUAAUAAACUCCUAAUUACAGGUAUUUUGGGAAUAGUUUUUGUGGACGAGGAUGGUCAUUGUGGAUGCUGUAAAAUUUUAUUUGCUUUUCCAAUAUAAAAUAUAUAAAUUUCCUCAAUAAAUCUUAUUGA